AUGUUAUCUAUCUUAUUUUACCUCUUAAUACCUGCUGUCCUUAGCCAGUCGAGUGAAAGAGCUACUGCCGAGCUUGUCGGCAGCAUUAGUGGAACGAUUAUUCUGGAGGAGAGGAAUGAUGGCCUUGUAAUUGAGGGCCAGUUGUCCGGCAUACCGCUUGGAAAGCAUGGGAUCCAUGUUCACGAGCAUGGAGCAACUGGUAAUCAAUGUCUUGACGCAGGUGGUCACUACAAUCCAACCAACGAAUCCCAUGGAGGACCCAGCGACGCAGAACGUCACAUUGGUGACUGGGGCAAUAUUGACGUCGACCAAGACCCUUAUAUGCUCAGUUUCAGUGAUCAUGUCGCCAAACUGACCGGUCCUUACGGUAUAGUAGGUAGAUCGAUUGUUAUUCAUAGAGAUGAAGAUGAUCUUGGUAGAGGAAACAACCCAGAUUCGAAGAUUAAUGGUAACUCUGGCCCGCGUCUUGCCUGCGGUGUUAUUGUAAGCGCGUGA